CCCGCACAAAACACCAACCCUAAGUAUCUGCUUAUCUCCCCGCUCCAAUAGAACUCACUUCCUUUCACUUCCUCACACAGUCACACUCACCACUAACAAUGGAUCGUCUCGCCUCCCUCAUCCUCCUCCUCUCCCUCCUAUCCUCCGCCCUCGCCUCCGCCUCAGGUUCCAACGACGCCGACCCUAUCAUCCGACAAGUCGUUUCGGAAACUGACGAAGAUCAUCUCCUCCACGCCAAGCACUUCUCCAGCUUCAAAGCCACGUUCGGGAAGACCUAUGCGACUCAGGUUGAGCACGACUACAGGUUCGGCGUCUUCAAGGCCAACCUCCGCCGAGCCAAGCGGCACCAGGCGCUCGACCCCUCUGCCGUCCACGGUGUAACCAAGUUCUCUGAUCUCACUCCCAAGGAGUUUCGCAGGAACUUUCUCGGACUAAAGCGUCGUCUCCGGCUUCCGGCCGACGCGAACAAUGCUCCGAUUCUUCCCACCAAUGAUCUUCCAACGGACUUUGAUUGGCGCGACAAAGGUGCUGUCACGCCGGUGAAGGACCAGGGUUCUUGUGGGUCGUGCUGGGCGUUUAGUGCGACGGGAGCUUUGGAAGGAGCUCAUUAUUUGGAAACAGGGGAGCUCGUCAGUCUGAGUGAGCAGCAGCUUGUUGACUGUGACCAUGAGUGUGAUCCGGAAGAAUAUGGCUCGUGUGACUCGGGUUGCAAUGGCGGGCUGAUGAACAAUGCCUUUGAGUACGCACUCAAGGCUGGCGGGCUAGAACGAGAGGAAGAUUAUCCUUACACCGGGACUGAUGACACCUGCAAAUUCGACAAGAGCAAAGUUGUUUCUUCCGUGAAUAACUUCAGCGUUAUUUCUACCGACGAAGAUCAAAUCGCUGCAAAUUUGGUUAACCAUGGCCCUCUUGCAGUUGGGAUCAAUGCGGUGUUCAUGCAAACAUACGUAGGCGGAGUUUCGUGCCCUUACAUCUGCGGAAAGCGAAUUGAUCACGGAGUGCUUCUGGUGGGUUAUGGUUCUUCGGGUUUUGCUCCGAUUCGAUUUAAGGAGAAACCGUACUGGAUCUUGAAGAAUUCAUGGGGACAGAGCUGGGGAGAGCAGGGAUAUUACAAGAUCUGCAGGGGUUAUAAUUCUUGUGGGGUGGAUUCCUUGGUCUCAACGGUUGCAGCUCUGCGUACAUCCAACAAGUAGUUUUGCGACGGCACCGUAUUAUUAUUGUACCCUGUUUAGGAAUUUGGGGGAUUUGUAAAUAUACUUGUGUGCUCCGAUCUCCUAGAUAAUACAGAUAGAUGGGGCUAAUAAGUUUAUGUUUAUGUCAUGGUUUAGUGAUGGUUGAAGUUGUAUAAUGUUUAUGUAUUUAUAUUGAUCUUAUGGAAUUGUUUACUUAAUUAUUAUGCUUUGUGUUGUA